UCUUUAGUGGAAAAUUCAGUAACUAAACUGUCAUUUAAUUUUACUUCCUGUGAUUAUCCAAUACUUGCGAAUUUUCGUCUGGAUAUUCUUAUAUUAAAAGUAUGGCAGUAAGGUUGUUGUCUAAAAUUCGGCUCGUACCGGAGCUAAGAGGCGCGGCGUAUAGCUCAGCUGCCGCCCCUGCCCAGCUUUCGGAUUUUGACCUACAACAUAAAACUCCUGUAAUUCGCAAGCAGAAGAUCAUUCCUGUGGCGCAGUAUGGAGGUCGUCACGCCGUCACCAUGUUACCUGGAGGAGGAAUUGGCCCUGAAGUUAUGGGUUACGUCAGGGACAUUAUCAAGUAUAUUGGAGCACCGAUAGAUUUCGAGGUUGUGGAUAUCGACCCCACAGUAGACAACGAUGAGGAUGUGCAGUACGCUAUUACUACUAUCAAGAGGAAUGGUGUUGGAAUUAAGGGUAACAUAGAAACAAAAAGCGAAGCGGCGUACGUAACGUCGCGCAACGUAGCACUGCGUAACGAACUGGACAUGUACGCGUACGUGUUGAACUGUAAAUCCUUCCCCGGCGUGACUACCAGGCAUAAGGACAUCGAUGUUGUUAUUAUCAGACAAAACACCGAAGGCGAGUACGCUAUGUUGGAGCACGAAUCUGUUUAUGGCGUGAUCGAGUCCAUGAAAGUGGUAACCGCCACUAACUCUGAACGAGUUUGCCGGUUCGCCUUUGAGUUCGCUAAGAGGAAUGGAAGGAAGAAGGUCACAACAGUACACAAAGCCAAUAUCAUGAAACUGUCGGACGGAUUGUUCUUGGAAACAUCUAGACGCAUUGCCAGAGACGAAUAUCCAGAGAUUGAACACAAUGACAUGAUUAUCGACAAUUGCUGCAUGCAGCUUGUUGCAAAGCCCCACCAGUUCGACGUGAUGUUAAUGACGAACCUGUACGGCUCUAUUGUGUCCAACGUUGUGUGCGGUCUACUCGGAGGCGCUGGACUCCUCUCGGGUAGGAAUUACGGCGACCACUACGCUGUCUUUGAGCCUGGCACCAGGAACACUGGUACUGCCAUAGCGGGCAAGAACAUCGCGAACCCAAUAGCCAUGAUCAACGCAUCCGUGGACAUGCUUGAGCACCUGGGACACCAUUACCACGCUGACCUCAUCAGGCGGGCUCUUAACAAAACCAUCAAUGUUGACAAGGUGCUGACCCCAGACGUCGGUGGUACCGCUUCAUCUACUGAGGUCGUGAACAAUAUCAUGGGUAAUAUUGGACGCUGUUAAACUUGAUAUUAUCCAUAGUUGUUUGUUGAUUAGAAACGAUUUUUCAGAGUACCAUACUUUGUCCGUUAUAUACUAUUUUCCCUUUGACGUUUGCACACAUUUCUUGACAGUAGCCUGGGAUUAGUUAUCUAUUUUAAUGACGGUCAUGGGAAUCGUUAAGUGUCUUAAAUUUUUAAAGUUACAAAAAGGCGAUCGAAUCGCCAAUUCUGUGAUUCAUCACUGAACGAAUGCGUCAAAUAGGAAAUAUGUAAUAUAAUGGGCAUGGUAUAAGGUAUUUUACCGACCAUUGUUAAAUAAAUAAAUGCUGUCAAACGCACAUUGAAAUAAAUUCUGAAAGCACAAAUUAAAUUGUGUUUUUCUGUGAUGUCUAAUUCCCGGCAAAUAGCUUGAAUAGGUUCGUUAAAUGGUGUCAGCAGCGUCAAGUGCAAGUCAACCAAAACAAACACUCAUUUUGUUCAUAAUCAGGCUAGUUAAACAAGAGCCGUACGUUACUGAUUUUGGCGUACCUGCGUGAUAUACUGUUACUAACCAUUUGACUCAACCACUGAGCUGAUCUUGACGAAAUUUGACACUAAGUGGGCUGCACAGGCCGUGGAAGACUUUAAGCCCGGCAAAAUUAACAAACAACCCGGACGAAGUACUAUAACAGCUUGUUAUGUACAAUUAUGUGGUACAACCCAAUUAGCAUGACGUUGCUUAAGUUAUUUGCCUGUAACAAUAAUAAUUGUUAACAAUGGUCGAUAAUAAAACUAAAAUUUGUAGUAACGCAUAUUUAUUUGUACACAAAAGCUUUAGUGUAAUGAGAUUAUAGUGAGUUAUCUUUGUAUACUCAUUGGGAGUACCAGUGCGCAAUCAAAGCAAUCCGAAUACAACAGGUGUUGGGCGAAAAGCACCAACUUGUUGCCCUUUUGAGCUACUGAGUUGACGUACUAUGAACUCCUUACACAUGACAAAAGUUUUAUCGAUGUUUUGUUGUUUAAAAAAAAAACUAUAUUAAGUAUAAUCAGUUUGGUUUUGUGUACAAAAACAUACCAAUUUGUAUGCACUAUUGAAUCUAGUGUCAGAAUCAUUUUGAAUAUAGCCAAAAAUGUGUCAAUACAACAUCCAAGGUUAUUUUAUAUAUUAAUUUAUUUAUUUUUGUAGUAUUAAGCAAUCAUCUGUUAGCUAAUUAUUAUAUAAAGUAGAGUCACGUAAAAUGAACGCUGUUUCCUAUUUGGGCUCAGUUUUAAGACUUUAUAACUACUUAAUUAUACAUAGCUCUUUUUACGUGACAGCUAAAAUAUACUUACCUGUAGUGAAAUAAAUUUUUUACCAGUAUUUGUUACCGUACCAUUGAAUCUAGACAGUAAAUAUAGUUUAUAAAUUGUAUAGUAAUAAUUGAACUUAGCAUACACCGUGCAUAGCAUUUCACCAAAAGCGUGCGAAAUUGCUUAUUGAAGGCAGUUUGUGUAAUAGCAAUAAGGCAACUUCUUCGUAUAGCAUACUCUUUUCCUACAAAGUCCCUCAAUGCGAUCGUCAUACAUAAUUCUACGACAGCGAUCCCUAUAUGUAACGUCAAUUUAAUUAUAAUUUAUUUAUUAUAUAUUAUAGAAAUUUUUAUUUCACAUUUUUUUAAAUAUUUUAUUGGAAACGCAAUGUGCGUUGUUUUUAAUAUGAAUUGUUUUUAAUACCAAUACAUAAGUUUUAUGUUUGCAACGAAACAAAUUUCGAAUAGAGUAUCUCACAAAACCUUUAUUCAUUGUUAUUUUUGACGCAUAUCGUGCGUACAUUUUACUCAUCCAUUUAUGGAAAAUGAAAUAAAAAAAAUUUACAUUAAAAUGUUAACUCUUUCAGAUAAUUUACUAACUUUUGUUGACGCCGACCUCCAAACUAACAGAAAAAUUUCAUACUUUUUUUCCUCAUCCUUUGAAAAGAAUUAUAAUAAACAUAACAAUAUGUAUAUUAUUAUUAUAGGUAAUCUUUAAAUCGAAUUAUUAUGACCUCAAAUAUGAUUUGUAAGGUUGGUUUCAGUCGAUGAUUGUCAAAGACUAAAAGAAAGAAUACACAAAAUAUUAACAACAAGCAGGCCUAUUAUAGAAGAAACGAAAAAGACAGUCUAUGAUUAUUCUACUACCGGCUGGGUGUUUCGUUUAAGAAUCUAACCACCGAUGAUUUUUUUUAAACCUUUUUGAAACUAUAAAGAAUAAAAAAGGAAUAUGCAAAUCUCUCAAGAAACAACAGAGAAUUUUUUGUAAAUACAUAAAAAAUAAGUGAGUGCACCACUAAGUGGAGCACCUAUUGUGUCUAAUUUGACGUCUUUAAUUUUAUGAGUGCAAAUAGGUUUUUCGUUUUAGUAUAUUACCGGUGCCCUGGACUGGUGUCACAUUCUUUCACAUACUAUAAAUAUGAAGCAGCCUACUAGUACUUACUUCCUUAGUGUAUGAAAAAAUGAAAGGAGUGCAUACGUCACCCGCACCAUACUACAAAGAUUUUUUAGCCUUAUGUAACUGGACUUGUUCCUACAAAAACCAGUGAUUCCUAUAAUACUACCAUCAGUUUCCUUUAGUCUCUGAUCAUCGGUAUUUUUUCCUUUUACCUUUAUCAUUGUCUGUUGUUUAACCAUAGAUAUUGUUUCUAGGAAAAACUUACUUAUGUAUUUAUACCCUGUAACAUAGUUACAUUAUUAUUUAUUUUAGUUUGUAAAAAAAACAAUAAAAUCCUUAAA